CAUGAGCUUUGGCUGGAGAGGGAACAGAGAGCUCAGCUGGAGUUUGAAUACAAGAAACGAGUGGAAGCGAAGAAACAACAGGAGAGAAUUGAAUUAGAGAAACAAAUAAAGAAAGAGCUUGAGGAGCAGGAGCGGGUCGAGCAAGAGAAGCGGGAAGCUGCCGAGAGGCUGGAGAAGGAGAAGAAGGAGAAACAGGAGAAGUUACUAGCACAGGUCAGCACCUCACACGACACGAAAAACAACGUGAGUCAUCCUGCAACGUCUGCCAAUGAUUUAUGGUCACACGGUUCGCGAAAGUAA